AUGGCCGAUUCCUCCAAUUCAGGCGCUGCUGCUGGCACCGCUGGUACCGGCCAGCCCAAGGCGGCUCCAAGGCCACCCAACCCGGUGUUCAAGAUGAUGGGUAUGCCGAAUAUUCGCUUCAAGCUGCCCUCUCGCAACUGGAUGAUCUUCUUCACCAUCACCGGUUCCUUUGCCGGCGCUAUAAUCUACGACCGUCGGGAGAAGCGCCGCUCACAACAGAAAUGGUCUGAACUCGUGGCUCAUAUCGCAAAUGAGCCGCUGGGCGUGGAUCAGAUGCGCCGCAAGUUGACCGUUUACCUGGCUGCACCGCCGGGCGAUGGUCUCCGUGUGGCGAGGGAUCAUUUCAAGGAAUACGUUAAGCCUAUUCUGACCGCCGCGGCGUUGGAUUACACUGUCAUUGAAGGACGCCGCGAGGGAGAUGUCCGUGCUAGCACUGCAGAGAGCAUUCGGAAAUUGAGGCGGAAGGCUGGCGAGCAGAGCUCGGUCAUUGAAGAGCCCAAUGUCGAGUCGGCUGUUUUGGAUAUGCGCGAGCGCAUGGGUAUUCGGGAUGAGCCCGGUCCCAAAGGUGACCUGGUGAUUGGACGGCAUACCUGGAAGGAAUAUAUUCGGGGCUUGCACGAAGGUUGGCUGGGCCCAUUGAGCCCUCCACCCCCACCCGUUGCAGAUGUGCCGUACAUUGAACCGGCCGAUGAGGUCAUGAACGACACCGCAGCUGGUGACAAGCCGUCCGAUGAGACCCAAGCUAGCCCCGAGCAGAAGCCCGAGGAGAAGAAGGAAGAAAAGCCCUCGAAGCCUGCUGGUCCUGAAGAUGCAUACAUUUCCCCUGCCGACUACCCCUCCGCCCACCUCCCCUCCUCCCUCCCCCAGUCCUUCGACGGCUCCGUUCCUAUUGAAUUCCCCCACAUCCUCGGCUUCUUUAAUACCCCGAUCCGCAUGUACCGCUACCUCACCCAACGACACCUUGCCGAGAACAUUGGCCGCCAGGUCGCAGCACUCGUCCUCGCCGCCGACGCCAGGCCCUACCGCGACGAGUCCUUCAGCUCCGACUCCGAAGUAAGCGGGGCAACCGUCGACGGCACUUUCACCGACGUUACACAAGGCACCCUCGAGCAGCAAACGGUUCUCGAUUUCGAAGAAAAGGAGUGGCAUAAAUCCGUGCACAAGCGCGAUGAGGAACACCCAGAAAAAGAACGUGAGUGGCUGGAUGACAUUGUGCUUGAUCAACGCAUUGCCUCGCGCAUGCAGCGCGCUACCCUCUCUCCAGAAGACGAGGCUCGCUCUCAGCGCAUUGCCUCGCAGGAAGAAUAUAUCCUCGGCCAGGAACGGCCACCUUCCGUCGCUUUUUGGCAGCGUAUGUGGAUUAAGUACGGCUACGGCGAAGACGAGGAGACUCUGAGGAAAAAGCCUAUUCUUCCUGUUGUUGAUGACGAGGAUAGCGCGUAA